AUAAGUUUUUUUUUUUAUUGUCUUCUUUGGGCUGAAGCCCAGAACAAGGAAACCAGAGAAUCAGAGAACCAGGGAUGAGUCCUUUUCUAAUUCUUCUCUUUCUGGAAAGGAGUCGCCGGAGACGACCUUCCUUCCAAUUUUGGAUCGCCGCCGCUACUUCCAUGGAUCUAGUGGGUGAUGUCUUCUUCUCCCCAGAAACCUCCCUGAUUUCCUUCCUUAAACUUCAAACCGGAGCUCCCCAAGUUCUUUGCUUUGUGACUUCGGAUGUGGUGCAUAAAAAAAAGCUCACUCGUCCAUUUCAGCGAGGGUUGGAGUUUCAAUCCCGGCAUGUAUAUGUUAGCAACUUGUUGGCCAACUCCAGACAUUCAAAUGGAGCUGUGGCAAACUUUUUAUUGGUGUCACACGAGGGAACUAGCAGAUACUAAGUUCCAACAUGAGCAAAGCAGGUGAUAUUCCCAAAACAGAAUCUGAAGAGGCCUCGGCUUCUCAGAUUAGAACUUUGACGAGCUUGCAAUCAACAAUUUCCUCACUUGAAUUGAUAAAUAGUUUGAGGAGGAAGAGGGAUUUGAUGAGCCUCUUGUGUAGUUACCCACUGGACAUGAGAGUGAUCUUUGAUGAUUUCAUACCAAAGGCAUAUUGUGAGAGGAAGCUGCUGCUUAAGCUAGAAGGACUUCUUCCAAAAGCGAUAAUAAGGGAUGCUGAAAAUGGUGACAGGUCCGGCUCCAACUUCAUCUUUGGUGAUGCCAACUCGGACUUAAUUCCAGAAGCUAUUCUCGAUAUGGCUGCUGAUCUUGCUGUCCACCAACUCAUGCAAACAUUGAUUUCCAUUUGUAAAAGCAAAAGUCCAAAGCAUGCAAAAUGCAUCAGGUUAUCAACAAGAAAUGAUGUUGAAAAGAGAACAGUCAUGGAAAAAGUAACUGCAGCCUUGAAUGACAAGCACCAUUCACUUGACAUUCUUAAUUCAUUUCAUGGACAUCUGACUAUUGAUGCCACCGGAUAUCCAACUUCAGAAGCAGAGAAGGAACUUAAGCAACAUAUCUGUCAACUACUUCAGCUUUCAGCUAUUAAAUACGAUGACAUCUUGUGCACCCUACAGAUUGAAGACGAGAUGUCAAGAAGCAGGUAUCUAGUAAUUCUUGUAGAUAGGGAUGGUGAGGAAAUUGUUGAUCCACAAAAAGUGGGACUUUAUGGUACUCUACUGACAGGAGUUUUGGUAUUCAUUACCACUGACUCACCAUCAUCUCAACAGGCUAAAGAAGGAGGAUUGAAGGAUGGGUUAGUGAACUUGGAAAUACGGACAAAAGAACAUUUGCUGCCAUGGGUGGUCUUCUGUGACACUGCGGGGAAGGAGUUUGUAUAUUCAUCAGGUGCUAUCCUGACAACUGCAGUGCGCAUAGUUGAGGAGUGUCGUAGCCACCUUCAUGCAAUUCUCCUUGUGGCAAAGUGGUUGAAGAAUCAUCAAGAUGUCAGAAUGUGGGAACUUGCUCUCCACAAAUUACAAUUUACUAAUCCUUCACACGAUGUCAUCAAUUUUCAUGGUUUGAACAGCAUCAUGAUAAACACAUUCCUAAACUUAAUAUGGGAUGGCAUGAAUAAGACACAACAGAAUUGCCUACUGAGCUGUUCAGUCAUUCCCAAAAUUAGAGAUGGCAUGGUUGAUCAUGAAUUGAAGAAUCACUGGAUGUCUUCUCUUUUUGUGGAUGCGGGAGAAACAGAAAAGAACCUAAGACAGCUUGUGGAAAAUUCCAUCUUUCUUCAAUUCGACGGUGUUGGAGGCAGGUAUAUUUGGUUACCAGAAGAAACCUAUCAAAUGUUAGAAUGGAUAUACACCUUAGACCCAUUGUUCAUAGAGAAAUCGAACCUAGGAUUGACUGAACCACCCAACACUGACAAAUGGCAUAAUGCUGUACGAAUUGAAUUAGCAGGCAAUAAAAUCUCUGAGCUACCAGAGUCCCCAGAUUGUCUGCAACUCAAAGUUUUGAUGCUGCAACGCAAUGCUGAUUUGACAAAAAUACCAUCUUCAUUUUUUUAUCACAUGCCUCUGCUUUGCAUCCUGAACUUAUCCUACACUAGUGUAAGAGAACUGCCAUGUUCCUUGUUCUUUCUGAAGCACCUUAGAGAACUAUAUCUGAAAGGUUGUGAAUGCUUCAUGAAAUUGCCACCUGAAAUCGGAAAUUUGGAGAAGCUUGAGAAGCUUGAUCUUGAUGAGACUCAGAUCACACAUCUGCCAAAAGAGGUCCAGAAGUUAACAAAUAUUCAAAGCUUGACCCUCUGCUUUUAUGAAUAUCAUGUUAAGAAGAACGUGCCAUAUUCCUGCUCAACGAUUAUUCCGUCUGGCGUGCUACCUAAACUCGAGAGGUUGGAACAUUUGUGUAUUGGUGUAAACCCUGAUGAUGCGCGGUGGAAUAAAAAUGUGCAAGUCAUUCUACCAGAAAUAUUGGGAUUAGAGUGUUUACAAACUCUCAGCAUUUAUAUCCCACAACUGGAACUUUUGAAGCUCAUACCGGCCCGCAUUUUUGAACUUGAUUUCAGGUUCAUUGUUGGUCAUCAUAUGCAGCGGAUUAUAUCAAGCAUGCCACCUGCCACUGAUGUGGAAUUUAAACAAAGUAACCGCAGCUUAAAAUUUGUAAAAGGUGAGGGUGUCACAGAUGAAAUCAAAAUGCUACUUAGACACAGCAAAGCUCUUUUCUUGGAUCGGCAUUUCACCUUAAAGAGUCUAACUGAAUUCGAAAUGAAAAAUUUAGAGCAACUACGUGUGUGCAUAUUGACAGAAUGCAAAGAAAUGCAAACAAUUGGUGGAGGAGGUGACUUAGACGAUAAUAUUGAUAUGCUUCCGCAUCUGCUAUUCUUAAGUAUAUUCCAGAUGAAGAAUCUAAGAAGCAUCUGGGAAGGCUCAACUCCUCCACCCUGCUUAUUUGGUAUGUUGCAGUCUUUGUCAUUGCAAAGUUGUCCCAAGUUAACGACUCUCUUCUCUGUGGAUUUUGUGGGAAAUCUUUCUUUGUUGAAGGAGCUCAUGGUGAAAGACUGUCCCAAAUUAAGUACCCUAAUAAGCUAUAAGCCUUUUUCUUAUACAUGUAACCCCAGUGCCGAUACUUUCCUCCCUAAAUUGAGCAAGUUAUGGCUUCUCCAUCUUCCUGAAUUGACCAGCAUUUCGAGUGGGUUGGGCAUUGGACCUGGUUUAAAAGAAGUAGGAUUUUAUGGUUGCCCAAAGAUGCGUAAUCUUUCAAGGAAGGAAUUGGUAAGCAGAGCACUAACUGUAAUCAAGGGACACACAAACUGGUGGAAGGCGCUAGAAGGUCGACCGUCUACAUUUGAUCAGGUUUUUUCCCCAAUCCAUGAAGAGGCGGACUUGAUGACUCAAUUAGGUACGCCAUUACAGCACACGGGGUUUGCAACUCCAGCAUCAAAUUCACCAGCUUCAAGUGGCAAGGGCCUCAAAAACAAGAAGGGUUCCAGGUUCUCCAACCUUAGAAUAUCAAUACCUCAACUCCGAUCUGCCGUUCUUUCAAAUAAAUUCUCCAGAGAGAUUCGAUACAGAGGGAUUUUGGAGAGGCCCUGGGGCCGUUACACGUCCCAGGUUUGCGAACCUGGCAAGAACAGCAUCUGGCUCGGCACCUUUGACCCUGCUGAAGAGGCCGCAGGUGCCGACGACGCAACCGCACGUGAGUUCCCCGGCCAUAAGGCCAAAACCAAUUUGCCCAGCCAGAGUAGUAUCCUCUACUCCAACACCUUCGAUGCCGCCGAGGAGUCUGCAAAUUCUGCAAAGGUUACACAUCCCUAUGACAAGGCGACACGUGAGUUCAUGAAUCCUCAGCGGUAUGCUUUUUAAGUGAACUGAGCCAUGGCAAAAGAUAAGGUGCUGGAGAUGAUUGUCUCCUGAAUCAUUAGGAAAUGAAUCAUGACGAAUGUUGUAAUCAUAUAUCUCUUAAGAAUCAAGGGAUAACUACAUUACUGAAGCUUAGAGAUUAAGCAGUAUCAUUCAUAAACCUAACUACUAGCUGGCAUAUCAGAUCCAUACAUGAAAGUAAUAGAUUUUCCAUGCGUCAUGAACAUUAAAUCUUUGGAAUUUUCACUGGUGGCUGAAUCAUGAAUUCUAAGCAUAUCAAUUUUGGUACAUCAAUUCUGAUCCAAUUUCUGUAUCAGCAAUAUAUAAGUGAAAAUAAUAAAAUGAGGCUAAAGGAAAAGUAUCUUAUAUUCUUAUUGCAAGAUUUAACUUGAGUACAUUUCAAUAAGAGGGGUGUUACUGCUACUGUUAUGUUUUAAGAAGGAUGAACCUUGCCAGAAGAGAGUCCCUUCCAAGCAGAUUUCAUGGAAGCGGUGGCUGAAUUGAGUGCAGCCUCAAUAUACUUCUUGGAAGCAAUGGAGGCAGCCUUCUCCAUCAAAUUUCCCAUUUUUCUUGCACUCUCAGCAGUGUUAACUAGGCUCUCCAUUUCAGCCUUUUACAUGCUCUCAAGCUCCUCUUCGAAGCGCCGGAACUCGUCCAUGGCACUUUCCAUGACAGAAUCAAGGUAGUCCUCAGCUUCCUUCAUGGAAACCUCAACCUCUUCAACCUCUUUCUGUUGCUCAAGUUCUGCAGCUGCCCAUGCCUUGUAUGACUCGAUCUCAAACGGCUACAUGAGAUCCUCAACUGUGGAUGGAUCAAAGCUCUUGUCUUGCAGAGCAUGGUCUGAGAGCAAGGUGAAUUGUGACAGAAGGGCUUCCAUGUUUUCUCUCUUUUCUCUUGGUGAGUAUGAAAUUGUUGAAUUUAAGAAGCAGAUCUUGUUUCUGUAUUUAGUGCAA